AUGGUGUCUGAGAAUGCAAAUACUGCUAUGGAUUCAUCUUCAGAAACUCGAACAAAAAAAGAUAAACUAACAUCAACAACAACAAAACACGUUAUCAAACCAACAAAGCAAUUCAAUUCUAGAAAGAAAAAGCCCAUUAUUCGUCCAAUGUCCAAACCCAGAAGAUUAGCAACAACUGUUGUUCAAUUAGAUAGUACAGAUGAUGAUAUGCAUGACGAUCAUGAUCGAACAACAACAGAACAAUCAGGUUUAAAUAAUUCUAAUGCACACGAAAUUAAUGAUCAGGAUAAAGAAACAGGUGUUGAACUUAAUCGUUCAUUUGCUAGUGGUGCAACCACUAACGAUGAACCAGGUGAACAUCAAAAGAAUGUGAAGAAAACUACAACAAAAUCGAAGCAAGAUGUAUUGCAAUACUUCGUGGAACAAGAUUCUGGAGAAUUAAAAUGUAUUUUAUGUUCGGAUUCUUUGAAACUAUUUCCAGCAAAAAGUGCAUCAUCCGAUUCAAAUUUACGAAGUCAUUUAGGACAUAUUCAUAAACUUGAAGAGUUUCUUUAUCCUUCUCAGCGAAAUCAAAAACCAUUAAAAGAACAAAAAAUAUCUUUUCAACAUGAAAACAAUCUAGAUUCAGCUGCUAUUAAUGCAAUUAUACAAGAUUCUCAUAUCUUUAAUCUCUUUCGAAAACCUGGCAUGAAAAAGUUUCUGUCAUUGGCUACACCUGGUUAUCGUGGUCCAAAUAGACGAACGGUUGUUAAACGUUUAAAAUCUAUGUAUAAACAACGUCGAUCAUCAAUUCGACAAGAAUUAUCUAUUGUUUCCGAUAUUGCUUUAUCAGUCGAUCUUUGGCAUAUUAUUGCAUUUCGAAGAUUCAUUGGCACUCAGUCUGGUGAUCGACUUGAAGAUUUUAUAAUUAAUGAAAUGGAAAAGCUUGGUAUACAAUCAAAAAUAUGUUCUUUAACAACAGAUAAUGGAAGUGAUAUACGAUUAGCAUCACAAAACAAAUCAAAAUUUGGAAUAAGAAUUUCCUGUUUCUUACACAUUUUAAACUUGGUUGUUGGUAAUGGACUUUGGUUCUUUGAUAUGCCAGUAAAAAAAAGGUAGGAGAUCGUUUAUUCACAGAUAAUAUACAGGCAGAGACAUGAGAUAACAGGAAAAAUGGAUAAUGAUAUUAGAAUCAUUCUUUUUGCAUAAUAUAAAUAAUCAAAAAAAUUUUAUAUCAUCAUGAUUUUUUACGCUAAUAGAUUUUUAAACAAGUUUAGAAUUUUGUUGCGCAUCAGUAAAAAAUUAGUCUUAUUGAGUGGUGCUAUAUUUAGACAUUUACAUCAAUUGCAUUACAAGAUGCAGAUAAAUAUCGAUAUUUUUGCUAGCCGAAUGUGUUUUACGUCUAUAAUUGAUUCAAAUCUUUCAUAUAGUGUUACCGCAACUAAACUUGCGUUUCGUCUAUAGAGAAAAUGGCAUAGUAGAAGGUUCAUAAGAACCUUUAUUUAAUAAUCUACGUAUAAAAUAAUAGUUUUUCAAAUGUAUUCAUUUUUUUUAUGUCUGUCAAAGAAGAAACAUAUAAUUAUAUGAUAAAAAUUUGUUUAAUAUUAGUUCUGUCUAAACAUAAUCGAAUCAUAUUAAACUGAAUUAAAAUAUGAAAUUUUCUUCAGGAUGCAAGAAAAGAUCAUUGAAAUCAAUAAAAUCUAUAUACGAGAGAGUUUUAACACCAAAACUGCUUAUUUCAUAGUUGAUUUAUUCAAAUAGCUUUCGUUUUAUCAUAUUAGGAUCUUCAUAAAUGUCUCAAAACUUUUCUUCUAUUCAAUUCACCAAAUUUUAAUACAAAGCUAAAAGAGACUUUCA